UAUUUAAGAGGACCCCGCUGUAUUGUGAUCAGUCGUUGAAAACAAUGGAGUCUGUACGGUCUAGCGCUGCCCGGUGGGUCACGGUUUGCGUGUUCUUCGGGCUUGUGAAUGCGGCUUUCGGGUCCUACAGGGAGAGGAGAAGUGAGACGUCAGUGAAGUUUGAAGAUCUCACUGAUGUUAUCACCUGCGCCGACAAUUACAUGGAGUUGAAGAUAACGCCUACUCAAUUUCAGGGGACGAGCAGUAGAUUUAAAGUUCAGGAUCUGCAAGGCAAUUGGCUUGAUGCGACCUCUAUUGCGUUCAAGUGUAGAUACAACAUACGCUCUGAUAUGCCCAACCACGUGAGCGUCUUCCAGGUCUAUUAUGACGGCUGUUAUGUUAGACAACAGAAUAACAAAUACAUGCUUUCUGCCCUUGUUGAAGCAGUGGACCCAAGUGAUAGAAUAAUGAUCAUUAAGAAGACUCCCAUGGAAUGCCCUUACUAUUCCUGGAUCACUUAUCCUGUUCGGACCACGACAUCCCAGGGCAUUCCAUUGCCGGUUACCGGUUCUUGCGAGGUUCCAUCAACAGAAGUGUUGCCCUGUGGUGAAGCCAACAUUAAUCAAACAGCCUGUAGGGUCAAAGGAUGUUGCUUCAAGUCUACCAUGUUCCCUGCUUGCUACUAUGGAAAUACUGUAAAUGUCCAGUGCACCAGAGACGGUUACAUGAUGACCGCUAUUAGUAAGGCGGUGACCAAGCCGGACUUGCUUCUCAAUUCGGUCAGUUUGAUUGGGGGACGAAACCCGCCAUGUGCUCCAGUUGGCCGUUCUGCCAGCUUCCUGCUGUUCAAGUUUCCACUUGGCGCUUGUGGGACUCGCUUAAGGCUGGCUGAUGACAAAGUCGUUUAUGAGAAUGAGAUGUCUGGCACUAUAGAUGUUCUGGACAGUCAAUAUGGGUCAAUCACCAGAGAUGCAGAUUACAAAUUGACCAUCCGCUGUCUCUAUUCUGCGAAGAUGGCCCUGCCUCUGCAGGUCCAAAUCCAAUCUGUAGACCCACCGCGCCCUGUAGCUGAACAGGGACCUCUCCGCAUUGAACUCAGAAUUGCAAAAGAUAAAGCCUAUGGAUCCUACUUUGCCGACUUGGAGUAUCCCCUUGUCAGAGUGCUCCGAGAACUUGUGUACGUAGAGGUUCGCCUCUUGGGGAGAACAGACCCCAAAAUCCACCUGGUUCUAGAUGAUUGCUGGGGUACGUCUACCACAAGCCCCCUCAGCGAGCCCCGCUGGAGCCUUCUGGUGGAUGGCUGCCCAUACAAGGAAGACUACAACUAUCUGACAUCGCUGAUCCCAGUUAAUGCCUCUUCAGGACUAGUAAACCCAACACACUAUAAACGGUUUCAGUUGAAGAUGUUUGCCUUUGUGAAUGUGCUUCUAAAGAAGGCCUCCAAGGAGCCAAUCUUCCUGUACUGUAGUGCAGCGGCAUGUUCUCCAUCUGCUUCAGACUCUUGCACUGUCAGCUGUCCCCCUGGAGGAAGAGUUGCCCGACAAGCUGAACUUGCACAGCGGGAUAUGGUGAUUGCCCACAGUGGACCCAUUAUUUUCAUGGAGGCGGAAAGAAAUGUUGAGGUUGACCACAAUGGGAGAGCACGCAAUACUUAUUCGGACGUAGAUUUGGUGACGGACAGUAGGCCCAGCCUCAUUGGGGCACCCUUCCAGGAGGGAAGUGAGGUUGAAGACCAAGGGUUCAUGAAGCACCUUCCAUGGGUCCUCACUGUGGUGUUGACGGGGGCUGUGCUGGUGGGUGCUGUCUGGAAGCUGACACUUCGCGCUAGUAGAGAGACAAAGCUGUGAUUUUUGUGUUUAAUGGACUUGGAAUAAAGUAAUGAGAUUUGA